GCAGCCCCCAGUCUCAGCAGCGGCAGCAUAUGUUUCUGAAUGCAAUCUGAGCUGCACUGAGACAUGGGGAGGAGGAGGAGGAGGAUAACGAAGAGGGACGUUGCUGCGUAAAGAUCAAGUAUUUCUUUACCCACAGUCCUCUCAACUCAACUCAGCAUCUGCUCACAGUCCUCUCUGUUUGUUCCAUCAUCUGCAGGAUGCACAUGAAUAAUGUGUUAAAUCACUGGAUGGACAUCUCCAGAUGUGUGAUGUGGACGUGUCCUCAGAGCCAACCAGUCCCACCCUGUAUGGGGAAUCUUCAGACCAGUACCAGUACAACGUAGACCGAUGGCAGAAGCUCCGCACUGCGGUCCGUAAGCUUGAAUUCUGGGAAAACUUCACUGCGGAGCUGAUCGGUAGUGGCUUCUUCUCCAAGGUCUAUAAGGUGAUGCACAGCACCAGUCGGAAGGUGAUGGUGGUCAAGAUCUAUAAAAAUGAUGUGGACCAGGACAGCAUCGUGCGAGAGAUAAGUCUGCUGCAGAAACUCUCUCACCCCAACAUCGUCAGAUACCUGGGAAUCUGUGUUAAAGAUGACAAACUCUACCCAAUCUUAGAGUACGUAAACGGAGGCUGUCUGGAGGAGCUGCUGGCCAGGAAAGAUGUUCCGUUGAGCUGGAGAGAGAAGGUGGACCUGGCCUGUGACAUCAGCAGAGGAAUGAUCUACCUGCACUACAAAAACAUUUACCACAGAGAUCUCAACUCCAAGAACUGUCUGAUCAGGGUGACGUCUCGGGCACAUGAGGCCCUGGUGACGGACUUUGGUCUGGCCAGAGAGGUGGUGGAGCUGCCGGUCAAAGACACGGGCAGGAAACUGUCGUUGGUGGGCUCGGCGUUUUGGAUGGCACCAGAGAUGCUGCGAGGAGAACCCUACGACCGCAAGGUGGACGUCUUCUCCUUCGGUAUUGUGCUCUGUGAAAUCCUGGCUAGAAUUCCUGCAGAUCCAGAGAUUCUUCCCAGAACAAAGGACUAUUGUCUGGACGUGAAGAUGUUCAGAGAGCUGGUCAGUGAUUGUCCUCAGCGUCUCCUGGACCUGGCAGCCAACUGCUGUAUGCUGGAGUCUUUCAGGAGACCAGCCUUCACUGAGCUGCUGGAUGAACUGGGAGAAGUGGCUGAGAGCCUUGAGCUGCCUUUUCCUCCUCCUCCUCCUCCUUCUUCACUUCCACCACCUCCACCCAAACCUGAUCUGACCACCACUUGAGCUCACCCAAGUCAGGAGUUUACCUCCUCCUCUUCAGCUUCCCCCAGACCCCAGGGUUGAGAUGUUUAGGUCACACUUCUGGACAGGAAACUGACUUAUUCACAGCACAGGGUAGCCGAUGAGGUAAAGCCCCCCUCUCUGGAUCGCUCUCCUCCUUGGCUGCUUCUCUCUGUGUGUCAUCACUGAGCAGGUGUACAAAUAUAUAACAGUUUCAGACAGAACCUCCUCUUUAUUUACCUUAUUUCCCCCUGUCUCUCAUCUUAGCUCCACUCUUGUAGUUCAUGCAUCCAGAACACACUGGAGUUCACAUGGAGGUUCACACUAAUUAAAAUAACAAGGAUAUUUUUUUCUUGUACUUCCUUAUUUUCUUUACGCUCUGUUGCUUUCUUCAAGAAGUCUUAUUUUCCAAAAAA